AUGCCUAUUUUUGUUCCUAUAGGUGAAAUAACAACCAGGUUACGUUCACGUGGCUUUCGAACUGACAAUGAACGUGAUCAAUUUGAUUCAGAUGUGGCAAUGGAUGAAAAUAAUCAAAUAAAUGCUGCAACACAUAACACUGAAGGCCCUGCUAAGAGCGAAAGAAAACUUACAAUUAACAAUCAACUUCGCAAGAGAAGAGCAAAAGGAAAGCAUAUUGAUAUAAAGUUCCCUAAAGAAUUUGCAAAGGUGUGUGGAGAACAUGCUAGUUUAUUUAAAAGUGAGAUAACAGUUCUUGUAAGAACUGUACCACUCCAAGUGAAGAAGUGGAGGGACAUGGAUAAGUUUCAUCCUGGUACUACUACAUCUAUUUGGAGAAAACUAAAGCAAAAGUUUCCUGAGCUUUCAGAAGAAGAUAAAGAUUGUGCCAUGAGACAAGUAGAGAGUCAAUAUAAUAAUUGGCGCAUCGUCUACUUCAAACUUACCGAAACAAGCCAAGGCCACAACAUGUCUCACCAGAAGAAAAGGAGCAACCAAAACUCUAUCAAUAGAGGAAAGCAAGAGAUGGGGUCCAAAGUAGGAACUAGAUCAAUUGCUCAAAUCGCUUAUGAUCUGACCAAACUACAUGAAGGUGCUAGGAUACAUCAAGAAAAGAUUUCUUCUACGCCCGUGCCAAUAGUUGAGGCACUUCGCACUAGUUCUUGGUCGAAAGCCAAACAUUCAUGUGGUGUUGGCAUUCAUGCUGUAAACCGAGUGGUUGAGGAAAGAAUCAAAUUGCAGGAGCAAAUUGAGGCUUCUGAACAGCGUGAAGCUGCAGCUCGAGCACGUGCAGAUGCUGCUGAGCAACGAGCACGAGCUUUGGAAGGCCAAGUUUCCAUGAUGGUCAAAACAAAUGCACAACUGCAAGAAGAGCAGCAAUUCCAAUGUGAUGAGCUGAGUUCUUUGCGUGAAGCACAGAGUGGAGAAGUUGCUCGCCUAGUGAGAGAACAACUUGAUCAUCAAAUGGCUGAAUUAAUUGCACGCAUUGGUGUCAAGAGAGUUAUUUUGAGGUUUGAGUGUUCUUAG